UAAAGGCCACUAAGGCUGCCAUUUGGAUAGCAACGCGUCCCAGUGUGGUCCCGACCCGACUUCCGUUUCUGAUCACGAAACUGAACUUGCUUCACCUCUUCUGCAUUCAAUACCAUUGACAACCUAUCUUCCACAUUCAUCCGCCCGCCCGCCCAUGGCAGAACAAAAGAUCCCGGUCGUCCAAGAACCAGAUCCCGGCCACGCAGAGCCUAUGAUUGUGGCGAUCCCAUAUCCGGGCCAAGGGCACAUCAACCCUAUGAUGCGCCUUUGUAUGAGACUGGCGUCAAAAGGUGCGCUCAUAAGAAUUGUGGUCACUGAAGAAUGGCUCAGUUUCAUGACUUCGGCUCAGGAGCCGCCGCCUAACGUUCGGCUACUCUCUAUACCGAAUGUUAUUCCGUCUGAGCUGAGCCGAGCGGCUGAUUGGGUUGGCUUCGUCCAAGCUGUGAACUCGACGAUGGAGGAGCCAGUUGAUAGGCUUAUAGAUUCCAUUGAGCCCAUGGUUUCGGUGAUCGUUGCUGAUGUGUACAUGCCGUGGGUUGCUGAUAUGGCAAAGCGGAGGGGCAUUCCGGUGACUUGGCUCUUUCCGAUGGCCGCCACGGUGUUUUCCGUGUUCUAUCACUGCGAAGUCUUGCUUUCGAAGGGCCAUUUUCCGGCUAAUUCUUCAGCAAAUAAAGAAGAAUACGUCGACUACAUUCCCGGUGUCUCUCCAACGAGGAUACUGGAGCUUCCAAACCUAUUCAAAGGAGGGGAGUCCCGCGAAAUAGCCGAGUCGCUAAAGUUCUUCCAUCAAAUCCAGAAUGCGAAAUCCAUCCUCUUUAACUCGUUCUAUGAGCUUGAACCCUCAGCAAUCGAUGCCUUAAGUUCACUAGUCCCCCGACCAAUUUUCCCUGUUGGCCCCUUGAUCCCUUUCCCGGCACCCAAAGACCAUGAAUUAAAGACCAAUGCUAGACCUGAGCUUGAUUGCUCUUCAUGGUUAGACUCACAGCCUCAUGGCUCCACUCUCUAUGUUUCACUAGGCAGUGUAAUGUUGGUCCCUGCUAAACAAAUGGAGGAACUGGCACAUGGACUCAUUGAGAGCGUAACCCGGUUUAUCUGGGUGGCUCGCGAACCUUCAAUCAAUUUAAGAGAUAUGUGCACAGACAGGGGCUUAGUAGUGCCUUGGUGCUCUCAAUCUAAAGUUUUGAGGCAUCCCUCUGUGGGAGGUUUCCUUACCCAUUGUGGGUGGAACUCCACUGUGGAAGGUGUAUUGACUGGUGUACCAAUGUUAACAUUCCCGAUUUAUUUCGACCAACAAACAAACAGUAAGCUGAUUGUAGAUGAUUGGAAGGUGGGGUUGAGGGUUAGGAGUGGGCCAAUGGAUGAAAUGGAAGUGGUUGAUAGAAGAGAAAUUGCUAAUGUUGUGAGAAGAUUAAUGGAGGGAGAAGAGAGCAAGGAAAUGAGAAGAAGGAUUGAGGAGCUCAGGGAGGCUGGGGAGAAAGCACUUGAAAAAGGAGGGUCAUCAGAUGCCAACAUGAAUGAUUUUUUAAAGUCAUUAAGAAGUUAAUAAUGUUCGAUUGUAGUUUAAAUGGAAGUUUGUUUAUUGAAUGGGUGUCCCUGUUCCUUUUAUCAA